CUCUCUCUCUCUCUCUCUCGUGGCCUCAUCCCCUGCAGCGAGUAGAGCUAUACCUACACAUACCCUAUCCCACCCGCGCAUCUCUCUCUUGUAUAUACAUCCGCACAUGUGGAUAACCCAACACCCACACGUCCCUCCGAGCACAAAGACAGACCGACGACGACGUCGACGGCGGCGGCGCAGGAGCGAGAAGCUUCGCGCAAGUCCGGGGCUGGCCUAUUGAUCGAGCACGCGCUGGUGGUGCGCGCUGCCAGCACAGCUUCGUCCCCGCAGUCAGACACGGGCUAUAUUCAGUGCGAGAUCCGUCUAUCGACGUAUUGCGGAUUUUUCUCUCCCUUUCAUUGUUCAAGCAGUCCGAGUUUUUUUCCCCGAAUAGUUCGCUGGUGCGGGUUUUCGAGACUUGAAGAUUGAAGGAGGUCCUCUGCUGGCGCAUCGGAGACUCGGAGUCGCGGCCAGGAAGCGAGAGACGCGCUCGGCCAACAUGGUCGGCGAGAGUGCGGAGGAUGGCCCGCUCAUACAGCCGGUCGAACCUGUGUCCACGGCGACGUUGGUCGGCGUCUGCAUCGGCGCGGCCUUCGUGGUGGGCGUCGUCGCGAUGACCUGGUGGCUGUGUCGUCGGCGCCGAGAGCACACGAAACUCGGCUCGGACAAGUCCCUGGCCUUCAGGCCACCCCACCGCAAGCCAACAGCCGUCAAGAGCCCCGGCAGUCAGGGCCACUACCUGAAGAAGAGUCCCAGCCCAACUGGUCCAGCCAAAAGUCCGCCAGGCUCGACCGGCGCCCAGACGCCCAGCCCUACGGGGCCGCAGCCCUCGACUCUACCCGGACAGGCUAGAUCUCCGCAAGGCACAGGUACCCCGAUCCAGACGCCCUCGGCGGACGUGACCCUGAGCAUCGAGAACGAGCGCGACAAGGCCGAGCUGGAGAACAGCGAGAAAGCCGACCGCGUCGGCGAGACAGGCAUGAACGGCAGCUGCAUCAGCGCCGACCUAGGUCGAGGCGCCGACGGCACCAGUCUCGGUCAGCUGGUCUUCAAGCUCCGCUACCUGAGCGAGCAGAACGCCCUGGUGGUCACGGUGGUCAAGUGCAAGGCAUUACCGGCUCGCGGUCAGCACAACGCCAGCAGCGACCCCUACGUCAAGCUCCAGCUGCUGCCGGACAAGCAGCAUCGCACCAAGACCCGCGUGCUCCGAAACACCAGGGAUCCGGUCUACGACGAGGACUUCACCUUCUUCGGCAUCUCGCACGCUCAGCUCCAGAAAAUCAGCCUGCACUUCGUCGUGAUGAGCUUCGACAGAUACUCGCGCGACGACGUGAUCGGCGAGGUCGUCUGCGCUCUGUCGUCGGUGUCGGACCUGGAGAUAGCGCAGAACCAGCAGAUCACGCUCUGCCAGGAGAUAUGCCCGCGAAGCUUGAAGAUCCAGUCGCAGGGCCGAGGGGAACUGCUGGUGUCGCUGUGCUGGCAGCCGGCGGCCAGUAAGCUCACCGUCGUCGUCCUCAAGGCGAGGAAUCUGCCCAAGAUGGACGUGACGGGACUGGCGGACCCCUACGUCAAGAUCUACUUGCUGUACAACAAUCAACGCAUCGCCAAGAGGAAGACGCACGUGAAGAAGCGCACCCUCAAUCCCAUUUUCAACGAGUCGAUCGUUUUCGAGAUACCCAACGGCGCCGAGGGUCUCAGCAAGAUCAGCCUCGAGUUCGCCCUUCUCGACUGGGACAGAGUCACGAAGAACGAGGUGAUCGGCAGACUGGAAAUAGGCGGACCCAAGUGCCAAGGAUCGGCCCUGAAUCACUGGAACGAAGUCUGCAGCUCGCCGAAGCGUCAAAUAGCCGACUGGCACAAGCUGCGGGAGUAACGGCGCUAUAUCACCUUUCCCACCUUUCCCCCAGGCAUGAUUUCCUCUUUACCUUCCUUGAUCCGGUAUCCCAAGGACACACUCACCGUCUGAAAAGAAUAAUAAAAGAUAAGAUAACUAUACCCGGGUAAAUUUUACGGCAGGUCCGAGCACUCCGAGCAUCAAAAAGGAUGAUCUCGAAUUUCCGAACAACGUUGCACCGAAGAGAGAAUAAGCGAAAAGUGCUCGGAUCUGCUGUGAGCGGACGAUGCGCGUAUUAUGAUCGAGAGAGAAUACGAGGCACGGAAUUAUAGGGCGUAUGGUUUUAUAAGUCUAUGAUACACACUUCGAUGUUUAGUUAGGAGAUGAAGGAGAGCGACGAUCCAAGUAGCGGUCCAUAUCUAUAUAUGUAUCGAGUAUGUAUUCCUCUCGUAGCUGAUCUCGAGUACAACACACAAACGCAUCGCUUUAUCCUCGAAUGUUCUAUUCCCCUCACGAUUCGCUGCGAGAAAUCGACCGAUAAGCUGCACGCGCUGAGGGAAAAAUUUUGUCGAAACGUCAAGUUUAUCCUUGAACCACUUCGGUAUAUCGUUUGAAUUAACUUUACUUUGACGCGUUGCAAAAAUUAAAUUCCAGAAAAAAAAAUUUGUCUCUCGGUCUCGGAGAAUAAAAAUGAAUUGCGCUAUAACGCUGAGAGCUGCGCGCGAAGAGAGUUUACGACAAAGGAUUACCUCCGUCGUAUUUUCGCAGCUGCGAACAGCGUAUAUAGUUCGUUUCAGUUCGCAAGCGUUCGGGCGAUACCCAAGUGCAGAAGGAAAAUAAAAAGUCAACUUCUAGCUUAGGCUUAAGUUUAGAUGAAGAAAUUAGUUAGCGAAAGAAAUUACGUAGGGUGUGUAGCGUGACUAUUUUUUUAAGCUGAUUAAGAAUUAUUUUUUCAAAACUCAUUUUUUACGACGAAAACAGCACGCGCGAUUAAAAAAUAAAAUAAGCGCAAUUAUAAACGCGGCUUAUGCGAUUAGAGCGACUUAGGCUAUCGAGUGUAACCGUAUAAGAGAACAUUUAAUCGUGUAUAAUCGACGAAGAAAAACCAUGUACGUAUUUUGGCAAGUGACGACGAGGACAAGGAUCUCAAACAAUAAACGUUCGAUUUCUCGAAGCGAUCGUGCGAAAAAGGAAUGCGAACCGCGAGAAGACGAAGGAAAAACAGAGACGUUUAUAAGGGUCGGCGUCUGAUGUCUAAAUGUAAAAUUAAAAUAUCGAUGUGCGACUUGGAUGUGUGUCUAUAAACGUAUGUAGGGGAUCAGCGGUGAAAAUAGACAUUCACGAUUUCGUAUCCAGACGAAAUAAAAACCUACAGAAUAUACAAUGUAUAUAUAAUAAUAUGUGCAUGGUAUAACGAUUUCAUGAACUGUCGUCCGAGCAUCAACAGUUUAGCUCGAACGAGCCAUUAAUUACUCGCGUAUAUAUCGUUGAAUAUGUUAUGGAUGUGACUACUUGGGAGAUCGAAUUCAUCCUGUCAAUGCCACCGAUAAAAAAGAGCAUUUUUUUAUUUCUCGUGUAAGAAUUGUGCUGGUUUGCCCAACACAUUAACUAUUUCAUUUUUGUCUCGCUCUUAAUAUACCCGAUGAAGUAUUAUUAUUUCAUAGAUUAAUUUGCAGUAUUUGUGAAACGCUUAUAAUUUACGAAUAUUUAUAUAAAGUAGCUAUAGUUACUAUCGUCAUCUCUUUUCCAUCGAUGUCAUAAUUUACGAAUUUCAACCAAAUUGCGACUUUUCAAAUAUGCUUAUAUGAUAAACAUAACAACAAUAUCACGUAUAAAAUAGACGUUAAGAUUCAUGACCAGAUACAAGGCAAGUUGAAAGAAUAUGGAGAUUUAAAUUUUCGGGCGUCGUUGUUUGAAAGGACUUCUCUAUUUAGAUUUACGUUACGAUGAGAAAUCUCAUUGAGAUUAGGUCGAUUAGGAAAUAAUUGAAUGCACGAGUGUAGAAUCGUGCGCGGUUUUGUUUCGUAUUUUUGAAUUGGCGGUACAAAUACAGCUUCUAUAAUCAUCAUUGUAAAUAUGUAAUUGACGUUGGUUGAAGGAGUGCUAUUUUACGCGUUGUAUUGAAUAUUAUAUUCACUGUUUCGGUCGACUAUGUAUUUACUGAAAAAAAGAGAGAAACAGGAGCGUCGAGCAAAAAUGCGCGUAGGUGGUUGCACGGACGUUUGUAUAGACGCGACACUCGAAGUAAGCUUCGCAAUUUCUGACACGAAAGUAUACAGGGAAUGGAGUUUCGAAGGAAGCCGAAAAAAAGUAUAGGAAUUUUUGAAAUUACUUCCAGUGUCUCGUGCGCGAUCAAUGUGAUCAGCUCUAUAGGUGAAAUUGUUGUCGCGCAUUUUUGUGAUGUAUUGUAGAAUCUUGGGACAUAUUUGUCGAUUUUAGCGCAUCAAGAAAUCCACGAAGGAAGAACGAAAUCGUCAAGUUUUCUAUUUCCAGUUUAUAAUAAAUUCGAUGUUGCAUUUGAAAAAUGAAUCUUUUUAAUGAAAAAAAGGAGAAGAAUUGAUUGAAUCUUUUAACAUGUGUGAAAUUGGGUCACGUUACAUUGUUCGAUUUAUUCCGAUUACUGGCAGCUCAACGAAAGAUCACGUCCUCCCUUCGUGGAAAUAGGGCAAGAGCUGUGGGUAUUUUCUUUGAAUUCUUGGACAAAAAGCAAGGAUAAAAUCAUUCAUAUAUAUGAUGUAUUUUGUUGCCCACGCCUGAUGCCUAUACUCGGAGUGCUGCUUUGUCGCGAUUUUGUAACGAAUGACGUAUUACAUUUAUGAUAAUAAUAAUAACGAUAAAUUAUAUAAACAAAUCAUCGAGACUUAAAAUUCAUCUGUAGCAUGCAACAUUAUAUUAACACAUUAAAUACACAGACACUCGAGUACAACGUACCUCAAAUAUCGCACGUAGAGAGAACCGAAAACAUGGGCAGGUUGUUAUUGAAUCAAUCGAAGAUCUAACUGUUUUUUUUCAAUAAAAUCUUUUUAAAAAUCAAUGGCAUACUGGUUUCCAUUCUCGUUUAUUUUAAUUUUUAUUUCUUCGAUGAACCAAAAUGUGAAAGUAUAUCGAUUACGACAUUCAAUCGAAAUUUGCCCAUGACUAUAUUAUAGAGAUUAUCUGAACACGGAUGUCAAUUUUUCUUGCAACGCAUAUUACAAAAGAAGAAAAAUUAAGAAGAACACGCACUGACGCUUAUACUUUUCGAUAAUAUGCGACUAUUUUUCUCGGCGAAACACACACACACACACAUAUACCAGUUAUAAUAUAAACGUAUAUGCCUUUUUCGCAAGACGAAAUUUCUGAUGAUGUAAAAAAAACAAUGAUAAAACGACUAAAAGGCACGUCUGCGACGUUUAAUCGCAUUGAAUUUUGGCGUCGGAUACGGGCGACGACACUUAUAAUUAUAUACCUUUAAUAUAUAUUUCCGAAUGUUCAAAGUUGAAGUACCCAAAAAUAGUUCGUCGAGUAAGUUUUUAACGAGUUUAGCGUCGGCUGAAUUUUAAUAAACAGGAUGAAGUUAUUAUGCCCAAUGCCCAUUGAGUUCCAUUAGAAUGUCGAACAUCUUUUCUUAUAUAAUACAUGCAGACUAUGUAUACACGAUGCUUUUCAUAAAAAAUUCUACAAAAAUAGAUAAAAAUUAAAAAAUUGAAUAAACUUGAUCUUUAUUUGGUAUCCGCUAUUCACAAAAUUAAAUUUAUCUCGUCAUUAAUAAACCGAUUAAAAUAAUUGAAUAUAUUGUAUUCCGCAAAGCGUGUACAGCGAUCCUAUCAUACAUGGAUGGACAUCAAAACGAAAGUACGGAUUUCUAGUGGAUGCCGAUUGAUGCAAAGUAAUUCUAAUAUCUCUCACACACACACACACACACACACACACACUGAGACUAGAAUUAAUGGGAUUCACUGAAAUGUAGUUUAAAAUACGCUCUCUGUAUAAGGAUAAAUAUUAUAGUCGUCUAUACGUUUAGUCGAAAAGCGAUGUCGGUGUUCUGUUUCAUUUUUCCAUCUGUCGAGACACACAUUUUUAUGAUUUAAUUUCCUAGCUGCACACUGAUUCCAAAAUAAAACAUAUCAUAAUUUUCCAAGUAUUCUUAGUUACUAAAAUUGUGACUUACGCAAAAAUAGUUUACCGCGGAACAAACUAGUUAUUGUACUUUUAUAUAGGUUCCAACUUGUUGAAUAAGAAUAACAUGAUAAUACAUAGUACGAAUUGAUUGUAUUUUGGAAAUUUACAAUGUUUAAUUUUGACGUUGCCUAGCGAUAAUAAAACCUGAAAAGCAUAUUACGUACAGCGUUCUGAAUCAUUGCGUUUGCGAAGAACUUUUGCGACGAAGCGACGAAGGGAAAGAUUAUUGUGAAAAAGAAAACAAAGUACACAAUAAAUAUACUCAAGAGUAUCAGCAUAUUUAUUUAACUGCUAUACAAGCCGUAACAGCAGAUUAUAAAAGAAAUUACAAAUGUAACGAGUAGUGUGUAUCUUUAGGAAUAAUUGUGCUUCUUUGGUAAUCACGGAGUCCAAAGAAAGUAAUGCAAUUGUCUAACGACCGUAAAAAAAGAACUAUGAGAAAUUUUCGAGAGAGAUUCUAAGACCGAACUUGUAUGGGCUUCGUGAAACCUUGAAAAACCGCUGUAAUAUAAUAUAAAAUUGAUAUUGAUUGUCGAUGCGCAGUGCUGCGAAAUUCAGCAAGACUACAUAUGUGGAGAAGUUUUUUUCCGUUCUACACGCAUAUACAUCUGUGGAAACAGAAUUUUCGUUAUUACAUACGAUCAAAGAUGAUCCGGCUGUAAACGGCAUUAUAAGGAACAGUUUGUAUUGUACGCAUCAAAAGAGCGUUUCUUUAGUGAACAUUUUGUAAGUUUUUUAUUUAUCCAUUGACACAUUUGCUAAGUAUUACGGAAGAACUUGAUACGUGGCCCGACAAUGUUUUUUAUCGCGUUCCACCAGGAUGCACAUCGACCCGACAGUUGGGCAUGGUGUUUGACUGAGUGGACAGAUUUUAAGGCUGUGCGGUCAAUAAAAACGUUUAAAAAUAAAA